AGUCCACUUUAGUUUAUGGUGACAUGGCGCUGUUGUGGUUAACGGUGGUGGUUUUACAGUUAUGUUUUACACUGCAGGACAAUCAGUUCUGCGAAAUCGCCAAUGUCCAGAUUGAACAUGAAGAUGGAACCAGACAGGUCUUUGAAUUAAAACGAAUCGAGCCGAUUAAAGGCGCUCCUUGCCUCGUAUGUGGGAAUAAGGCAAGCAACAGAGAAUGGGAAACAACUCCGCUUACGUUCAACAUCGUGUUGACGCCCGGUGAAGUCGUCGCCGAGUGUGAGACAGGCAAACACAAUCUCCCAGCUGGGCUUUGUACCUCUCAGCAUAUGAACGAAGUUUGCAAUAAAGAUGAUCCGUCCUCAUGUCCAGAGGAUCCCCAGAUUUUAGCAAACAGUAUAGUUGAACAAGGUCUUGUUCCCAUGGCAACCGGAGAUUCUGAUAUUGACCAAAAGAUUGCGCUGGCAGUGGUCUUGGUUAAUUUGGGAUCACAUGACCUCGCCAUUCAAAAGUUUACAAAAAUACUUCAGGUCAAGCCAAGAACUGUUGCUGCAUUCUAUGGCCGAGGAGUGGCCUAUGCAAGGAAAGGCUUAAAUGUGCCGGAAAAUGCAGUAUUAGCUCUGUCUGACUUUACAGAAGCCAUUCAGACUGAUAAGAAGAGACAUGAAGCCUAUGAGAGGAGAGCAGAGGUGUAUAUCAGCCUCGGACAGUACAACGAAGCACUGGAGGAUCUCACAGUGGCCAUCAAACACAGGCCUACAGAAAAACUUUAUUUUAUGAGGGGAGUCAUUAACCUUUUACUAGAGAAUUUUGCGGAUGCUGAGACGGAUUUUAAACAGAAUCUGGAGUCUGAGGGGGACAUGUACAUAAUGUCCUACUUCAACCUGGGUCUGGCCCAGUACUACAGGGGUCGAGUCAGGAAUGCAAUAGAAGUAUUCAAAGAAAUUCUGAAGAAGAAACCCGAUCACAUAGAUGCAUGUACAAGUUUAGCACAGGCGUUCAAAGAAUUAGGUAACUUGAAAGCAGCAAGAAGUCGUUUUAACCAGUCUCUGUCGCUGGACCCCAACCACAGCCUAUCCCUGCAGCUACAGGGAAGCAUGAUGUACCACAGCGGAGACUCCCACGCUGCCCUCAACGACUUCAACAAAUGUUUAGAAAUCGACUCGGAAAACGUUCACUGCCAAUAUAUGCAAGGCCUGGCCUACUUAGCUAUGGGCAAGUUUUACGAAGGUGUCAAAGCGUCCACAAAAGUGAUGAUAAAAAGCGCAGGAUCUAUAAAAAUGUCACCAGAGUUCAUAAAAGCUCAUUACCUCAGGGAAUAUGGUCGAUAUUUACAUUCCAAGCUGGACGUGAACCUGGACCAACUUCAACCGGAGUACGAUCUGGGAGAUGAAUUCCAGGAUCACUGGGUUAAAACAUUGCCAUUUACAUUUACGAAACCAUAUCAAGAGCAGCCAGGGUUACAGCCUGACAUCAGAGACGUCACGCCCCAGACCCUGUCCAGCUACCCACCACAAGCACAGACCCUGCUGUGCCGGGCGGAGAAGAUCGGCUGGUCCAUGCAGGUCAACUCAGAUGGAUUUACACCCAAUAAAAGACUCAAUCUUGCCAUGGGGCUUGCCUCGAUACACAUAGCACAACAUUUUGAGAUGAAAUGGAAAAGUUAUAAAAAUACAAAAGGAAGUGGAGUCAAUGUCACAGAAAGGCCUUUAAGCUGGAGGGAGGUAUUUGGAAUAGCAGUGCAAUAUCGUCGCCUAGCCGACCCAGAACAGCCAGUAUUGUGGGUGUCAUCCCUCCCCGAUCACCUCACAACAGAAGGGCAUCGGACAGACAUCACAUUUAUAAGGGGAUCAGUAGCUAACCUAAAAGUAAUGCAGUAUUUUGACCUGGUGUUUAAACUGGCCAAGACAAUGCUAGAACACUAUACAGGGGAGGGUGCGGUGUCCUAUGCUAACCUGAAGGAAGACAUCAGGAAGGCGCAGUCAUGCGAGGACCUUCUUUCAGUCGCCAGGAAGAGAAAGAUCAACCCGCAUGGGUUUCUUGUGUCGACACAAGUUCCCAGUAUGACAAAGACCAAAGAGGAGGAUCGGUUAGACGGCGCCAUGCUGAUACUGACAGAGGACUUAAAUGGCAAGAUUGUGUUUGCUCUGAACGUAGCCAAUACCCAAGAGCGGAUGACGAUGUACUCGUCGGAGAUGGACUAUGUUUUUACACAAAUACAGGACGAGAUCAGGAAGACAGGCCUCAGCAAAAUAACUGACAUUGACCAGAUACUCAACCUGAUUGUCUCCCUGGUGUACUACUUUUACAACCUCAUGCCCCUCACCCGAGGCUCCAGUGUUGUGGCAUACACAGUAGCCCUCGGUCUGGUCAUGUCGGUGGGGAGACAGGUGACGGGGAAGAUACCUACAGGCAAGCUGCUGGAGCUGGAAGCCAUGCUAGCAGGUGCCCCGGAUGCUUUUGUAGCUGUCUCUAAACAGUGGAUGAAUAUCAAGAAAAACAACAGUCUUGUCUCAACACUCCCUAAAGUAUGGGAGGUUUUUCCAACAGUGCGCCAUGUUUUAGAAGCCCUGACAGUUAACACGAGCUCAUGUUAAUAUAUAGGAAUUUUAACUGUUUUAACUUUUAUAUGCAUUCCAGCAUCGAACACGCCCCUUGAUAUAUGCACAACAGUCCCUUGCAAAUAAUGAUCUCAUUGGGAACUCAAAGGUGCUGCAUUCUCAGUGAUGAAACAUGAACUUGUGGUUCAGGACCAAGGAACACCAGGUGGCAUGUCAUGGCUCUGUAUGGGCGAGGAUGAGGUGGUCUGGAACACCAGGUGGCAUGUCAUGGCUCUGUAUGGGCGAGGAUGGGGUGGUCUGUAUUGUGGGUGGUCUGUAUGGGCGAGGAUGGGGUGGUCUGUAUUGUGGGUGGUCUGUAUGGGCGAGGAUGGAGUGGUCUGUAUUGUGGGUGGUCUGUAUGGGCGAGGAUGAGGUGGUCUGGAACACCAGGUGUCAUGUCAUGGCUCUGUAUGGGCGAGGAUGAGGUGGUCUGGAACACCAGGUGUCAUGUCAUGGCUCUGUAUGGGCGAGGAUGGGGUGGUCUGUAUUGUGGGUGGUCUGUAUGGGCAAGGAUGGGGUGGUCUGUAUUGUGGGUGGUCUGUAUGGGCGAGGAUGGGGGUGGUCUGUAUUGUGGGUGGUCUGUAUGGGCGAGGAUGGGGUGGUCUGUAUUGUGGGUGGUCUGUAUGGGCGAGGAUGGGGUGGUCUGUAUUGUGGGUGGUCUGUAUGGGCGAGGAUGAGGUGGUCUGGAACAACAGGUGUCAUGUCAUGGCUCUGUAUGGGCGAGGAUGGGGUGGCCUGUAUUGUGGGUGGUCUGUAUGGGCGAGGAUGGGGUGGUCUGUAUUGUGGGUGGUCUGUAUGGGCGAGGAUGGGGUGGUCUGUAUUGUGGGUGGUCUGUAUGGGCGAGGAUGGGGUGGUCUGUAUUGUGGGUGGUCUGUAUGGGCGAGGAUGGGGUGGUCUGUAUUGUGGGUGGUCUGUAUGGGCGAGGAUGGGGUGGUCUGUAUUGUGGGUGGUCCGUAUGGGUGAGGAUGGGGUGGUCUGUAUUGUGGGUGGUCUGUAUAGGCGAGGAUGGGGUGGUCUGUAUUGUGGGUGGUCCGUAUGGGCGAGGAUGGGGUGGUCUGUAUUGUGGGUGGUCCGUAUGGGCGAGGAUGGGGUGGUCUGUAUUGUGGGUGGUCUGUAUGGGCGAGGAUGGGGUGGUCUGUAUUGUGGGUGGUCUGUAUGGGCGAGGAUGGGGUGGUCUGUAUUGUGGGCGGUCUGUAUGGGCGAGGAUGGGGUGGUCUGUAUUGUGGGUGGUCUGUAUGGGCGAGGAUGGGGUGGUCUGUAUUGUGGGUGGUCUGUAUGGGCGAGGAUGGGGUGGUCUGUAUUGUGGGUGGUCUGUAUGGGCGAGGAUGGGGUGGUCUGUAUUGUGGGUGGUCUGUAUUGUGGGUGGUCUGUAUUGUGGGUGGUCUGUAUGGGUAAGGAUGGGGGGGCCUGUAUUUGGGGGAUCCUAGGUCCCCUGCUAUGCCUAUCCUUUAUAUAUAGUGCUCUAUGCCGCUGUGUGCCUUAUUGUUAUAAACAUCAAGACCAAAUAAAAAACAUUUUAUAUGAUAAAUAUUCCAGCCCAGAUCAGCUUUUUUUCUUGUUUUACAGAAGAUCCAAACCUAUCUGUAUGCAAAUGCUAAAAGAUUGGUUGAAUGUAGUCUCAUUUCAAAAACCUUCAUGUUGCCAACUCUACUUGAAAAUUUCACAUUUAUUUUGUAAAAAACCAAAAUGAUUCUGUUAUCAUUUCUACAAUUUUCAAAAUAUGAAGAAUUAUGCUCUUGUUUCUUUGUCAUUUGUACCAAUCAUUCCAUUUUCUUUCAUUUUUCUAUUUGUCAAAGAAAAGAAAUAAGAUAAUUUGGCCUUAUUUCAUGGCAUUCCCCUGAGUCAGUGAGAAUGCAGUUCAGUUUCCCUCUGCUCUAAGUGUUAAGUCAGUGAGAAUGCAGUACAGUUUCCCUCUGCUCCAAGUGUUAAGUCAGUGAGAAUGCAGUACAGUUUCCCUCUGCUCCAAGUGUUAAGUCAGUGAGAAUGCAGUACAGUUUCCCUCUGCUCUAAGUGUUAAGUCAGUGAGAAUGCAGUACAGUUUCCCUCUGCUCUAAGUGUUAAGUCAGUGAGAAUGCAGUACAGUUUCCCUCUGCUCUAAGUGUUAAGUCAGUGAGAAUGCAGUACAGUUUCCCUCUGCUCCAAGUGUUAAGUCAGUGAGAAUGCAGUACAGUUUCCCUCUGCUCCAAGUGUUAAGUCAGUGAGAAUGCAGUACAGUUUCCCUCUGCUCCAAGUGUUAAGUCAGU